AUGAUGCGAACCUCGCUCCUGCGCGCCUCCCGCGCCGCCGCCCCCUCCGCCCGUCUCGCCGUCGUCCAGAGGGCCGCCGCCUCCACCCACGCCAUCUCGAACCCGACCCUGGCCAACAUCGAGAAGCGAUGGGAGGGCAUGCCCAGCACCGAGCAGGCCGAGCUCUGGAUGGCUCUGCGGGACCGCAUGAAGGAGAACUGGGCCGACCUGACCCUUCAGGAGAAGAAGGCCGCAUACUGGAUCGCCUUCGGUGCUCACGGUCCCCGUGCUGCCAGCCCCCCUGAUGAGGGCCGCAAGGUCGCUCUCUACACUUUCAUUGGUGUCGCCACCUCGUUCGUCAUCUUCGCUACCAUGCGCAUGUUCGCCAAGCCUCCUCCCUCUACCAUGACCAAGGAGUACCAGGAGGCCUCGAACGAGUUCGUCAAGGCCCAAAACGCAGAGCCCUUCACCGGUAUCUCGUCCCCCGGCUACGAGGGCAAGGGUAUGGUCCAGUCGCCGCCCAAGCACUAA